AUGGGAGUUUCAUCUCCUGAUUUCCGAGCUCCUCCUCCCUCCCCCGUUGCAUCAAGCCGCCGGGCCUCCUUCACGGCCAACGAAGAUGUCCUCUCGGAGUUCCUGGAUAAGUGUGGUCGAGUCCCAAAUCUUGUAUUGCCCGAUAAGGUCUUCCCCAAGCACAGAUUCAUUCUGAAUCCUCCCACCUUCGAUUUCCUCCGGCUGGGCUCCCUCCAGGUCUCGGCCAUGCUCCUGGAUGCCAUCGCCACCAUCGGCUGUUUUCAGCUCACUAACCACGGCAUUCCCGAGGCUACGGUGAGAGCAGCCAUGGCCGCUGCUGACAAAACCAUUUCCCACGAUGAGACGGAUGAGUUGGUUUUGUAUAAAGAUAUUGACGACCAAUCGGAAAGACCUGCUUGUUUUUCAGAUUUCAGGGAGUUGAUGGGUGAAGCAGAGAGGAUAGGGAAGGCGAUGAGAGAAAAGCUAGGAGGGAGAAGACAAGAAGAAGAAGAAGGGGUAAGGGUUUGCUACGUGAAGAAGCAUAAUAGCAAAAAAGAAUCAAAAGGGUGGGAGGAAGAAGAAGCGAUUAGGAUGCUGAUACGAGGGUAUGAGGAAAGACAUUCUCUAUGUCUCAGCUUCUGCCAUGCAGAUGCAGAGUUCCACGUCUACUCCAAGAGAGGUUGGGUCUCCUUUUCCCCACGUCCAGAUGCAGUGGUAGUGACGCUCGGAGAUCAAGGCUGGAGUGGGAGGUUCAAGGGUGUUGUUGGGAGGCCCCUUCUUUACAGAUCAGAUCGUGGUUCUCUUCCUCACCAUUUCAUUUCUAUCUCUUUUCUCUACACUACUACUACUACUAGUAGUAUCCACAACAGCACCCCAAGAAAUAUUACUCAGAAGAAGAAGAAGACUAUCUCCCUCUCCCAACAGCUCCUCUUUGCUCUCUUUCUCUCACUCAUCUUUCCUUUCUUUCUUCAUUGA